GCGCAGCCAAUCGCCGCUGAGCAAGAGGGCGGUGCUUAGACGGGUGGGUAGCAACAGUUGCCCCGGUGAGGACGAGGCGCCAUAGUCACGGUAGUCGUGGCGACAAGAACCCAGCAACGAGAAUCAACAACAACAAUUUGAACCAUUAAGAAUAUAAAACUCCGCGCCAAACUAAGAUCAUCCGGCGGGAAGCGAAAGAGGGAUUUGGGCUGUUGUCACCAUGGCAACUUCAGGCUACCCCGCCGAGGAGCUUCCGCCCUCCCAAUCGCAAGGGGGCAACGUCACGACGGCCUCGGCGACCCAACAGAAAGCCACGUCCACCACCACGUCCCAGUUCCUCUCCGACAUCCAGAGCUCGCCGGGAUCCGCUCCUGCACAGACGGCCUCCAUCAUAAGAGCGCAGGCCACGCCCCCUGCCACUCAAAAGAAAGUGGUUCUGGCCACGCCCCCUCAAGGAGCCGUGACAGCAGCGCAGUAUGUGGCAGGAGAGAUUCAAAGCUCCGCCUCCCAGGCAGGAAACGGCCAGAGCGCCCAGCAGUACAUAGUGGUGACCGUCACCGAGGGUUCACUUCACUCGAAUGACUCUGAAUCGAAUUCUCCUCCCGCGGGACAGACUGGCGUUCCCACACAGGUAGUGCAACAGGUGCAGACAGCACAGCAGAGGUCCGUGGUUCAGGCCACAACCAAGAGUCAAAGUGGACAACUGGGGGUCAGUAAUCUACACAUCACACCUGAGGUCCCUGUACAGCAUGUUUACCCGAGCCAGUUUGUGGAGGGAGUCAACUACAACAAUACUGCAAUUCGUUCCAGUAGUUACCAGUUCCCAGACCCCUCCCUCUACUCUCAGGCCACGCCCUCUGUCACUUACUAUGAGACGUCGCCCACCUCCGGCUCGCAGGUCACGUCCCCCGCUAGCACUCAGCCUGUGUCUGUGACGUCCGGGACGGGCACAGGGGUGGUCUCCAUGUUCUCAGAGGGCAGUUCGGGGAUCACCGUGGUGGCUGGCGGGUCCUCAUCAGGGGGCGUGGUCACCAGCGGAGGGGCGGGGAGUUAUGUGAUUCAGGGAGGGUACAUGCUCGGUGGAGCCGGUGGAGGGAACCAAAAUUUCUCACACAACACACGCGCAUCACCCGCGACUGUGCAGUGGCUGAUGGAUAACUACGAGACAGCUGAAGGUGUGAGUCUUCCUCGCUGUACUCUCUACUGUCAUUACCUCCUGCACUGCCAGCAGACCAAGCUGGAACCCGUGAACGCCGCCUCCUUUGGCAAACUCAUCCGCUCCGUGUUCAUGGGCCUCAGGACCAGACGUCUCGGCACCAGAGGGAACUCUAAGUACCAUUACUAUGGCCUUCGAAUCAAGAGCAACUCCCCCCUGCACAGACUGGUGGAGGACCAGCAACACCUGGCCAUGAGACAACAGCCGUACUCGCAGAAACAGAGGAUAAAGCCUGUGCAGAAGGUGGAGGGACUGACCAAUGGAAUGGGCCUGGGGGUGGGGCAUCAACAGGGGGCGGGUCUAUCCGACAUCAGCGCCCAGGUUCACCAGUAUCAGCAGUUUUUAGAUGCCUCUCGCAGUCUGCCGGAGUUCCCUGACCUCAAAGAUGAGGGUAAACCUCUUCCAGAUGGACUCCAUCCUCAACACGUACACACAUAUCAGCUGAUCUACAGAGAUCACUGUGAGGCGAUUCUGGACGUGAUGGUAAACCUGCAGUUCCCUCUUGUGGAGACGCUUUGGAAGAGUUUCUGGAGGUUCAGUGAAGGACAAAGCAGCGACACGGAUACACUCGACCUUCAUGAUGAAUCAGAGAAACGUUUGCCCAAGUCAGUUCUGGUUCUGUUGUGUAAAUAUGAGCCCGUCCUCAACUGGGCCCGCGAAUGCGACAAUUUACUGUACCAAAGCCUAGUGGAGAUCCUCAUCCCUGAUGUCCUGAGACCAAUCCCCAGUGCCUUAACUCAAGCCAUCCGUAACUUUGCUAAGAGUCUGGAGAACUGGCUGACCAACGCCAUGAUCAACAUCCCGGAGGAGAUGGUCCGCAUCAAGAUCGUGUGUGCUGGAGCGUUCGCUCAGACUCUGCGACGCUACACAUCUCUCAAUCAUCUGGCUCAGGCGGCCCGCGCCGUCCUGCAGAACACGGCUCAGAUUACACAGAUGCUCAGCGACCUCAACCGUGUCGACUUCACCAACGUACAGGAGCAGGCCUCAUGGGUGUGUGGCUGUGAAGAUGGUGUGGUCCAGCAGUUGGAGCAGGACUUUAAACUCACCCUGCAGCAUCAGAACUCUCUGGAGCAGUGGGCUGCAUGGCUGGAUGGGGUUGUCUCACAGGUCCUGAAGCCGUACACCGGCAGCCCGGCCUUCCCCAAAGCGGCCAAACUCUUCCUGCUCAAAUGGAGCUUCUACAGUUCUGUGGUGAUCAGAGAUCUGACCCUGCGCAGUGCUGCCAGUUUCGGCUCGUUUCAUCUGAUCAGACUGCUGUAUGACGAGUACAUGUAUUACCUGAUCGAGCACAGAGUCGCACAGGCCAAAGGAGAGACGCCCAUCUCUGUCAUGGGAGAGUUCGCCUGUCUGAACAGAAGUCAAAGGUCAAUGGAUCCUGAUAGAGAUGAGGAGGAUGAGGAAGAGGACGAUGAGACCGAUGAGGAUCAGGACAUGGCUGUUCCUGUGGUUGUGGGGGAGGAGUCACUGGAGCCGCCCACCAAACUCGCCCGAACGGAGCUCUACAACAACAACAGCAGCACACCAAACUAACGUUUAUUCACACUGACACUGUCAGUCUCUGCAAACAAGGACUCUAUAUGCUGAGCUCAUUUUUCUGGCUCGAAAUACAAUCUUCAGUUAUGCUAAUUAUUAGAGGAAGUUCAGUUUCAGUUCAUUUCCUGUAAACACAGAGAAACUGAGCAAUUGUUUGAGUUUCCUGAGGGGAAUCAGCCCUCAGAGCUGCUGUAUGAUCUAAUGAAGCUUUUCUAGAAAACGGUAACAUUCAUAUGCCUUAAUUAAGUGCACAAACACACAUUUUCAUUGCCUUCCCUUUGUCAAUCAAAUCUGCCAUGUGUUUCGUCUCUCGACUCUUAAAGUUACAGUUCACCCAAAAUUAAAAGGAUUCACCCCCCCACAAGUCAUUCCAAAGUCAUCUAUCUCCAAAAAAUGUGUUCCAUAGAAGAAUGAAAGUUGUAUAAAGACAGGAGGGUGAAUAAUUGAAGAUGGACAUUUCAUUUUUGAGCGAACUGUCACUUUAAGAGUCUUGUUUUGAUGAACCUCCACCUGCUCCAUGCUGCCAUAGAAAUCAUUCUUUGCCAAAGCCAAUCAUAUGUCACCUAGGCCUGUUCCUCAUUAAUAUUCAUGAGUGUGGUCAUUUCAGGUGUAGCUGAAAAGUACAGCAGCAGAUUUAGCCUUUCACAGCUGUAACACCACGUCGUUCCAUGCUUUUGACUUUGUCUUUCUUUCUUUCUUUUUUUAAAUAAUGAAAAUUAUAUAUACAAUUGUUGUGCUUUUAUCAGCUGUUUAUCUUUGAUGCUUUAUGAUUUGAGUCUGAUGCUAAUGGAUCAAACGUGCCUUCAGAGGAUUAUUCAAUCUAGAGAUCCAUAAAUGUAUAAGUAAAUGUCAGAAACAAUCAUGAGAAUGCUUUAUUUUAUUUUUUUAAAUCUGAAAUCUUAUCAGGCCUCAUUUGUGAAACACAAGCAGAAUCAAUUUCGUGUAAAUUGUAAAACCAUUUUCAGUUAUAAAGUUUGGUUGACAUGAAUGAGAUUCAAUGUUUAAUCAUUGAUUUAUCACUGUAUUAAAUGAAAGCAUCUUGUGUUCAUGAAGAGAUUCAUUUCAUCUGUCAUUUUUCCUCAUUUCACACAAAUCAUUCAUUCUACAUCCACAUAAAUGUAGCCGAGCACAAACGAUUCAUUUCUAGCAAACACUGAGCACGUUUAUUAGUGGAGAGUACAGACAUGUUUUGUGAUUGGACGCUUUGGUGCAGUUCAUGAAUAUUCCGUAUCUAAUUAUGGUGGUUUUGACAGCCAAUCAGCAGCUAGUGUGUAACUCUCCAGUGGUUAUGGAGCCACAUCUAAUGUGUGGAACAAUUCUGCAGCAGUUUUAAUUAUAUAUAUAUAUAAAAAAGAAGAUAUGCUAGUGAUGAUUAUGAAUACUAAUGUAACAGAGUUUAGCACAGGUUUAUAUUGUUUUUGAAUAUAUAUAUAUAUAUAUAUGUGUGUUUCUUUAAUUGUACUAUAAGAGUUGCUGCAAAUGGUAUGAUUUUAGUUAUUAUUAUUCCCGUGUAUGAUUAUGCUAAUAUAUGAUAUAGUUUUAUGAUCUUGUACUGUUGAAACCAUAAUGGCCUUAUUUGAAGUGUACCCGUAGCAGAGAUCCAUGUAAAAAUCUGUAUUAUUGUGCCUCGAAGUUCAGUGUCCC